GCCGCCCCUAGUCCUCUGCCUUCGUGCCGCAUCCGGGCCAGAUAUCGCUCAUACCUCCUGUACCCCAGAGCAUACACUCUCCUGGAGUUGAGAGGGAGAAGGCUGCCCACUGGACUAAGGUGCAAAAAAGAUUUCAACAAGUUAAAAUCCAGGCAACAGGUUCCCUGAAGUGUUGACUACCCAACUUAAUCAUGAAUGUGAUUAAAAAAUGUUAAUAAGUAAGCCAAGACCAUGGGGAACUCAUAUGCUGGGCAACUGAAAUCCACUCGAUUUGAGGAAGCUCUGCACAAUUCCAUAGAAGCCUCCCUCAGAUGUAGUAGUGUGGUACCUCGGCCAAUUUUUUCCCAGCUAUACUUGGACCCUGACCAGCAUCCUUUCUCAUCUGCAGAUGUGAAACCUAAGGUGGAGGAUCUGGACAAAGACUUGGUGCAUCGCUACACUCAAAAUGGAAGUUUGGAUUUUUCUAAUAAUCUGACAGCUAAUGAAAUGGAAGAUGAUGAAGAUGAUGAAGAAAUGUCUGAAUCAAAUAGCCCACCAAUUCCCUAUUCACAGAAACCUGCCCCAGAGGGGUCUUGCACUACAGAUGGUUUUUGUCAAGCAGGAAAGGAUUUGCGUUUGGUAUCGCUGUGUAUGGAACAAAUAGAUAUCCCAGCAGGAUUCCUGCUAGUGGGAGCCAAAUCUCCCAACCUUCCCGAACAUAUCCUAGUUUGUGCUGUAGACAAGCGAUUCCUACCAGAUGAUCAUGGGAAAAAUGCACUUUUGGGGUUUUCUGGAAACUGUAUUGGCUGUGGAGAAAGAGGAUUUCGGUAUUUCACAGAAUUUUCCAACCACAUUAACUUGAAGCUCACCACCCAGCCAAAGAAGCAGAAGCACUUAAAGUACUACCUGGUCAGAAGUUCCCAGGGCGUGCUGUCGAAGGGACCUCUUAUCUGCUGGAAAGAAUGUAGAAGCCGACAAUCCUCUGCUACUUGCCACUCUCUUAAGCCAAACUCUUCGGUAUCAGCAACUGUGACCCCAGAGAAUGGAACAACCAAUGGAUAUAAACCAGGAUUCACUCAGACAGAUUCAUCGAUUCUCAGUCCAGCUAAUUCUGCAAUCAAUUUAAGUGGCGCUCAGGACCUGACCCGGAAUAAGAAUGUUGUGAAACCACUGGCUUUAUCUUUGCAGGUUGUAGGGAAGACUUUUGCUGCAGAUGCUGCUAACGGAAGCAGUAGUCAUGCGGGGAAGAGCAGUGCGUCCAGCUCCACCCCAGCCCGUCCAGUGACGUACUCUCUGUCACCAAGACCAGGCUAUGUAUCAGGAGACCCAGCUCCCAUGUUCAUUUCUGGGCCACCAAAGAAACGACACCGGGGAUGGUAUCCUGGGUCACCUGUCCCCCAGCCUGGCUUAGUUGUACCUGUUCCUGCAGUUCGACCUCUUGCAAGAACAGAGCCCCUUUUAUCUGCCCCAGGUCCACAGACCCCAUUAACUGGAAUUUUACAGCCUCGGCCCAUUCCUGCAGGGGAAACUGUAAUCGUUCCUGAAAAUCUGCUGAGUAACUCAGGAGUUAGACCAGUAAUUCUGAUAGGCUAUGGCACUUUACCCUAUUUCUAUGGAAAUGUUGGUGACAUUGUUGUGAGUCCUCUGCUGGUGAACUGCUACAAGAUUCCACAGGUGGAAAAUAAAGAUUUGGAACAAUUAGGAUUGACUGGCAGCCAACUCCUGAGCGUGGAAAACAUGAUCCUCCUGACUAUCCAGUAUCUUGUGCGCCUGGGUCCUGAUCAGAUACCUCUCCGGGAAGAAUUUGAGCAGAUUAUGCUGAAAGCGAUGCAGGAAUUUACUCUGAGAGAGAGAGCCCUGCAGAUGGGUGCCCAGUGUAUUCCUGUGUCUCCAGGACAACUCCCCUGGCUUGCCCGAUUGAUUGCCAGCGUGUCCCAAGACAUGGUACAUGUGAUUGUGACCCAGAACUCUUUGGCAGAGGGCAUUUCAGAGACGCUGAGGACUCUCAGUGAAAUGAGACACUAUCAAAGGCUGCCAGAUUAUGUUGUGGCAAUUUGUGCAUCAAAAAUCAGAGGAAAUGAGUUUUGUGUGGUAGUAUUAGGUCAGCAUCAGUCAAGAGCGCUGGCAGAGAGCAUGCUCACCACGAGUGAGUUUUUGAAAGAAAUUAGCUAUGAGCUCAUCACAGGAAAGGUCAGUUUCCUGGCGUCGCAUUUCAAAAACACGUCAUUAGGUGAUGACCUCGACAAACUGCUAGAAAAAAUGCAACAAAGAAGGGGAGACAGUGUGGUUACCCCAUUCAACGGAGACCUUAAUGAAUGUGUGUCCCCUCAGGAGGCUGCUGCUAUGAUCCCCACGCAAAACCUGGAUUUAGAUAAUGAAACCUUCCAAAUUUAUCAACCACAGCUUACAGUUGCCAGAAAACUAUUAUCUCAGGUGUGUGCAAUCGCAGACAGCGGCAGCCAGAGCCUAGACCUCGGGCACUUCAGCAAAGUGGACUUCAUCAUCAUUGUCCCAAGAUCGGAGGUUCUGGUCCAGCAAACUCUUCAACGGAUUCGACAAUCAGGUGUCCUGGUAGACUUGGGUCUGGAGGAAAAUGGGACAGCUCAUCAGAGAGCAGAGAAAUAUGUUGUUCGUCUGGACAAUGAGAUUCAAACCAAGUUUGAUGUUUUUAUGAGAAGGGUGAAGCAGAACCCAUCCACCCUGUUUGUGCUGGUCCAUGACAACUCCCAUGUGGAACUAACGAGUGUCAUUUCAGGAUCCCUGUCUCAUGGUGAACCCAGUCAUGGAUUGGCUGAUAGAGUCAUUAACUGCAGAGAAGUUCUAGAAGCUUUUAACCUCCUGGUGCUCCAGGUGAGCUCCUUCCCAUACACUCUGCAGACCCAGCAGUCUCGCGUCAGCUCUAGCAAUGAGGUUCACUGGAUACAGCUGGACAACAUGGAGGACCUGGGCUGUGAGGAGAAGCUGUACUUUGGCUUGAACGAGUACAGCAGGUCUCUGCAGUGGGGAGUGACCAGUCCGCUUCUAAGAUGUGAUGAGACUUUUGAAAAAAUGGUGAACACACUCCUGGAGAGGUACCCCCGGCUGCACAGCAUGGUCAUCCGCUGCUACCUGCUCAUCCAGCAGUACUCGGAGGCGCUGAUGGCUCUCACCAUCAUGGCGUCCCUCCGAGACCACAGCACCCCGGAGACACUCAGCAUUAUGGAUGACCUCAUCAGCUCCCCGGGGAAAAACAAGAGUGGGAGGGGGCACAUGCUUAUCAUCAGGGUGCCCUCGGUGCAGCUGGCGAUGCUGGCCAAGGAGCGGCUGCAGGAGGUGCGCGACAAGCUGGGGCUGCAGUACCGCUUUGAGAUCAUCCUGGGGAACCCGGUCUCUGAACUCAGCGUUGCAGCUCAUUUUGUGGCACGAUUAAAGACUUGGAGAGGAAAUGAACAAGAGGAGUGGGUUCCUCGGACGUACCAGGAUUUAGAAGGUCUGCCUUGUAUUGUGAUAUUAACCGGCAAAGACCCUCUUGGAGAAACCUUCCCCAGGUCUUUGAAGUACUGUGACCUCCGCUUAAUCGACUCGAGCUACUUAACUCGCACUGCCUUGGAGCAGGAGGUGGGUUUGGCGUGCUGCUAUGUCUCGAAAGAAGUCAUUCGGGGGCCCGCGGUUGCCCUGGACCUCAGUGGGAAAGAGCAGGAGAGAGCCACGGUCAGCGAGAAUGACCCGGACGAGCUGCUGAUUGACUUGGAAAGGCCCCAGAGCAACAGCAGUGCCGUCACGGGAACCUCAGGUUCCAUCAUGGAGAAUGGGGUGAGCUCUUCCAGCACGGCUGCUGACAAGUCCCAGAAGCAGCCAGCAAAGCCCAGCUUCCAGAGCGCAGUUUCCAGUGCAGGGCUGGACGAAGGGGUCUCUCCCAGAAUCCUGAUGUCUGGAGAGCCCCUGAAACAGGAGUGCGACUCGCUGGGCCAACAUGUGGCCAGCAGCACGACCCCCAAGCCUUCCUCUUCCUCAUCUGGACCUCGGACCCUCCCGUGGCCUGGACAGCCUGCCAGAGGCUGCAGGGGCCUGCCAACAGCUCUGCCCCCCAUCGUCAUCCUGUCCAAAGCGGCCUACAGCCUCCUGGGCCCGCAGAAGGGCGGCAAGCUUCCCGCUGCCUCUGCCCUGCUGCCCCACGCCGACGUGGCCUGGGUGAGCUCCCUGCGGCCGCUCCUGCAUAAAGACAUGAGCAGCGAGGAGCAGUCCCUCUACUACCGCCAGUGGACGUCUGCACGCCAGCACCAUGCCGACUUCAGUAACCAGCCCGACCCGGCCACCGGCACCAGGAAUGUGCACCCACGGCGGCUACUGCUGACUGGGCCCCCCCAGGUGGGAAAGACAGGCUCCUACUUACAGUUCCUUAGGAUCCUCUUCCGCAUGCUCAUCAGGCUUCUGGAGGUGGACGUGUAUGAUGAGGAGGAGAUCAACACUGGUCCGAGUGAGAGCAGUGACAGUCAGGCCCCGGGAGAGCCCUGGCCUGACAUCGAGAGCUUCAGCAAAAUGCCUUUUGACGUCAGCGUGCACGAUGCCAAGUACAGUUCGAUGAGCCUGGUAUAUACUGAGAAGCUGGCAGGAGUCAAACAAGAAGAACUAAAGGAAUCCAAAGUGGAGGAAUCGAGGAAACGAGAAACCGUGUCCAUGAUGCUGACAAAAUAUGCGGCCUACAACACCUUCCACCACUGUGAGCAGUGCCAUCAGUACAUGGACUUCACCGCGGCCUCCCAGAUGUCUGACUCAACCCUCCAUGCCUUCACGUUCUCCUCCUCUAUGCUGGGAGAAGAGGUCCAGCUCUACUUCAUCAUUCCCAAAUCCAAAGAGAGUCACUUUGUCUUCAGCAAGCAGGGCAAACACCUGGAGAGCAUGCGGCUGCCCCUGGUUUCAGACAAGAAUUUGAAUGCAGUCAAGAGCCCUAUUUUCACUCCUUCCAGUGGCCGCCAUGAGCAUGGACUGCUAAACCUUUUCCACGCCAUGGAGGGUACCAGCCACCUUCACCUUCUGGUGGUCAAAGAAUACGAGAUGCCGCUGUACCGCAAGUACUGGCCCAACCACAUCAUGCUGGUGCUUCCCGGCAUGUUCAAUAAUGCAGGCGUGGGUGCGGCCAGGUUCCUCAUUAAGGAGCUGUCCUAUCACAACUUAGAGCUGGAGCGGAACCGCCUUGAGGAGCUGGGAGUUAAACGCCAGUGUGUCUGGCCGUUCAUUGUGGUGAUGGAUGACGCGUGUGUCCUGUGGAAUAUUCAUAGUGUACAAGAGCAAACAAGCCAGUCCACAGAAGCAGGGGUUUCUAGUAAGAAUGUGUCCUUGAAGAGCGUCUUGCAGCAUAUCGAAGCCACGCCAAAAAUCACCCACUACGCAAUCCUGGGGGUUCAGAAAUGGAGCAGCAAGUUGACACUGCAGAGCCUGAAGGCUCCCUUCUCCAGAUGCCAUGUGCAUGACUUCAUUCUCCUCAAUAUCGACUUGACCCAGAAUGUGCAGUAUGACUUCAACAGGUAUUUCUGUGAAGAUGUUGAUUUUAACUUGAGAACAAACAGUAGUGGGCUGCUCAUCUGCCGAUUCAAUAACUUCAGUCUCAUGAAGAAGCAUAUACAAGUUGGAGGGCAAAGGGAUUUUGUCAUAAAACCUAAGAUCAUGGUGUCAGACAGCUUAGCACCCAUCUUACCCCUUCAGUAUGUCUGUGCACCAGACAGUGACCACACACUACUGGCAGCACCUGCGCAAUUUCUUCUGGAGAAGUUCCUUCAGCACGCCUCAUACAAACUCUUCCCCAAAGCCAUCCGCAACUUCAAGAGCCCUGUGUUAGCCAUUGACUGCUACCUGAACAUUGGACCUGAGGUGGCCACCUGCUACGUUAGCUCCAGACCCCACUCCAGCAAUGUCAGUUGUGAAGGGGUGUUCUUCAGUGGACUCCUCUUGUACCUCUGUGACUCUUUCGUAGGUGCUGAUCUUCUUAAGAAAUUUAAGUUUCUAAAAGGUGCUACCCUGUGUGUCAUCUGCCAAGACAGAAGCUCCUUGCGCCAAACCAUUGUUCGCUUAGAGCUUGAAGAUGAAUGGCAGUUCCGCCUCCGGGACGAGUUUCAAACUGCCAACAGCAGUGAUGACAAGCCUCUCUAUUUUCUUACUGGACGACAUGUAUGAACUUUUUAAAAGAGAACCAAAAUAGCAAAGGGGAUGCCUAGGUGAGGUGGAACCGAAACAAUUAUUUGGGGUUUUUUUGUUUUGUUUUCCUUUAAAGUACAAUCACUGUGGAGCAAAGUGCAACGUAUUUGUCUAUUCUCCAAAGAGCUCCCCUAUCUGACGCAGGUUUUGGGGGCAUCACUCUCCUUCAGUUCCAAUGACAGGACCUUGGAUUCAGGUAAACUCUACCCUAGGCAGUUAUGCAAUUCUCUAGGACAAGGUCUGCCCACGGGAUCCUGAAGAGGUAUACAUUGGAGAAUGAUGGGCAUUUGCAUUGUUUUUUCUACUACAGGUUAGGGGGAAAACUUGACUUUCAGCAUUAUCUAGUCUGAAUGUGUUACGUGAGACUCACACCGCUGGUGUGAAAUUAAUUGAAGAUUAACGUUUGAGGCUUGAAUCCUCAGUUUCUCUUCAGAUCUGUACCUUGGUACAGUAUUACUCAGGGGUCUGAAAAGAUAGAAUGUAGAAGAUAUUUGUAUUUAAAAAAAAGAAGUAGCUUUGUCUUUCUCUGUGCAGUGUUAGUUUAAGAUUUAUUAUCUUAUAUGUAUUGAAACCUUUGGCAAAAUUUCCACAGGAGUUAAAGUUUACUAUUUAAACUGACUGACAGAUCUAUUAGGUACAUUUAUGCCACUAUUCCUAGUUUAUUACCUUUGAGCUUUCCAUUCUCUUGAGAUGGUUUCAGUCUUUCGCGCACCAUGGCUAUGAGCAUAUGGAAAAGAACCUGGUUAGGUGAGCCAACAACGAACUGUCCCGAUAGCCCACACCCACCGUUUAGUAGGAAUGAAGUACAUGCAGUCCCCAGCUUACAAAUGACUUCUGUUCGGAAAUCUGUCUUUGCAAGGUGAAUUGUAUGUUGUCGGUUCAGUUAGGUAUGACUCAUACCUAAUGUCGGGCUAACAUUUGUCAUAGUUAUAUGUCUUUAUGCCUAAAACACUAUAAAACACUUCCAGAUACACUAAAACACCAUGAAUAAUUCAGUAAUGUUUUCAUAAUGCACUGCAAGUAGUGUCCAUUGGCUAUUAGGAACCAUUUUAUGGACUCCAAAAGUGUAAUGCUUGACAGGGAUUGGUUUCAAACUAUGGUGAUAUUUAAGUCAGCCAUUCUUAACCUGGGGACUGCCUGUACUCAACAACCAAAAUAAAUGUCAGGUGGAGGUUUUGCGUGGAGUGGAACGAGUUUGUUUCAACGACUCAAGCAAAGCUUCCUCUAAAGCCUACACUGAAUAUUAGCUGCCUUAAACUGAACCCAACACAGAAAUUCUGAAGUGGGAACAGAAAAUCAGGCCAUAAGGAGAGACUUGUUUUGACUCGAUCCUACUAGAAAUUCUUAUGUGAAGAGUAAGGAAUAAUUCACUGAAAGUCUUUUUAACCCAUUAGAAAUUUUAGCUGCUACUGAAAUAGCAUACAGGAACUAAACACUACCUGAUCCUGCACCAAACCCGUUACACAUUGGCUGUUGAGCUCCACAGGCACUGCCUGAUGUUUGGGAGGAGACUGCCAGGUCUUUUCCUGGUCUCUCUUAAGGGUCUAGAAGCCAUGUUGAAAUCUGUUCAGCAACAUGCAAGAGCCCCAGUGACAAGACAGGCAUGAAGUACACUGGCUGGAAAUCAAACAAGUCUCCUGUGUGGAGGGCUGGAAUUCUAUCAUUGACCCACCAGUGUUAAAAGAGGGGACAUUUGUCCAAUGGAAUCUCAGUAGGUCACAGUUUAAACAGUUGGCUGGUAACUGAAAAGAUGGCUGGCUGACACCACCCAGAGGAGCCUCAGAUGAAAGGCCUGAUGAUCUACUUCUGAAAGAGCAGCCUUUGAAAGCCCUAUGUAGCAUAGUUCUACUGGGACUUAAGCGGGAUGGCCAUGAACCAGAAUGGACGCAGUGGCCGCUGGGUCUUGUUUGUCCAGUGGAGUCCCGAGUCCCUGGGUGGUAUGAAUGGUCUGGCUUGCUCAUCAAAAGGCUGACAUCUGAGUCUGUGCAGCAGCAGCCUCAGAAGAAGGCCUGGCCAUCUGCUUGCGAAGCAUCUGCCACUGAGAACCUGCGACGACACAAGAGUACUGACACACAAGGGCUGUGGUGAGUCAGAAGUGGCAGUUGGUAACUUGUCAAAUAUGAAUUCACAGUAGGAAACCUGCUUUCUACUUACAAAUUUUCUCAAGUCUAUUGGAUGUUUACUUAAAAAAUUUUUGAAGUGGAUGUUUACUUCUAAAUUACUCCAGUUCUCUUAAUUAAGCAAUCCUUUGGGAUUUUUCUUAUUAGCCUGUCUGUCCCACUUUACCCCUUCUUAAAAUGGCCAUUUUUACUUGAAGCUGUGUAUUGUUCAUGACCUGAAACUACUGAGAAAGGCCUACUAAGCCUACACUUACUUAGAACAAAUAAUUACCCAGCUUUGUUAUCUUGGGAUAACAAGUUUACAGCUAGUGAAAAGUAAAAAGGCUGAAAAUGGCUUGCAGUCCUCUUGAUUUUAACAGCUAGUUAUGCUUUAAAUGUGUUUUGAAACGAACAAUUCCUUUUAACCCCAUUUUUAGUUGUCCUUCAGAGAUCUGCCUUAUAGUAUAUACUUUGAAAAUACAGCAGAAUUUUUUUGCAAAGAGGUACGUUGUAUAGCAGGUUGGAUAAUAUAUUGAAUGUUUUUCAAUUGUUCCUGUUUUGUUGGAAGGGCCUAAGGGGGACCAUAUCAAGUAACCCACUAUUUGUGCAAUACCUUUUACUAUGUAGAACAAAUAAAAUACUUGAAAUAAUUCUAAAAGUUUUACCUGGGACAAAUGGCUUCUCAGGGUUUCUUCUGGCUUUAUGACUUCAUAGUCUAAAUUUUUUGUUAUUUUGAAUGCAGACAUUCCACAUUAAGCUAGGGCUGUGCUCUAAAAAAAUCGAAAUGAUUGUAACCUCUUAAGUACUAUUUAAUUGUGUGGAAGAAAAAUGCCAGAAUAAAGCCAAAAUUAGACCAUUGUCCCAAUGGAGAAACCCAAAUUGACCUUGCCUAUUCGUCUCAAAUUCAGCCUUACUAAGGCUUGGAUCUUUUAAAAUCACCUUAUCAGUAUAAUUAUUUAGUGAACCUUGGGUCCUUCUCCUUUAAGGAUAAAAUUGCACAAGUACAGGACACCAUGAUUUGUUAAUAUUUAUCUUGGUGUGUUCAGCUUUAAGCCUUGCCAUCCCUUAGAACAUUGAUGUGGUAUGAAUGUAUUAAAUAGGCCAGCAUAAUAAUUUACCUAUAGACCUGUUGAAUGUUGGCAUGUUUGACAGUUCAUACAGGUUAAUACUGAAUGUAAACUAAAAAUUAGAAUGAAAAUUGAUUUCAAUUUUUGGGGCUGUAAUUUAUGCAAUUGUUUUUGUGUGUGUGAUUUUUAGAAAAGGGGGCACCUGUGUUACUUUAUUACUGUAAAUUUUUCUUAACCAAAAGUUGGUGAAUUUCACUAGUCGGUCUACCUCACAUUUUGUUUAUGAUUUUAAAUUGUCUUAAAAGUUGUUUUUACAGUGUUACUGUCUUUUAAUUUGGUGAAUGUAUUAAAAUUCCCUCCCGCACACACAUAAAAAAUAGUUCAUUUUC